CACCUCGUGGUGAAAUCUCGUCCUUACAAACCCUAAGAAACUUUCCAACUAUCACAGAGCAGUACUGACUAGAAAUGGCAAGACCAGCAACAGAAGUUGAAAUACCUGCAGCAGCAGAAGGUGAAGUGGUCAGAGACAUGUAUGGAGAAGAUGACCCAAAGACAAAAACCCACAGAGACAUGCAGCUCAACAACAACCCAAAUGUUCUUUUCAGAAUUUAUCGUGAAGGUUUACUGCAUAUCCUGCUCUUUAGACCCACGGCUAACAUCUUUUGGAGAAGACUACUUCAAGAGGAAUAUCAAGACAUCACUUCUCAGAGGACCUUCCAACACACUGUUGAAGAGCCCAUUGGGCAUACGAUAAAUCUCUCUGGUAAUAGGGAGGAAUUAGAAAGAUUCUGUGACAACUUUAGGAACAAUCUGCAGCGUGCUAAUAAUGCUGAAAAUGAAAUGGUAGGGAACAAUCUGGAGGAUGCCAAUCUGGAGAAUGCUAAUAAUAAUAACCAUGAUAAUGAAAUUGAAGAACUGCAACAAAGGAUACGGGAACUUGAAUUAGAAAACACACAACUUCGACAGCAGAGAGAUGAAAACCUACAAAGACCUCCUGAUGAUUCCGAGUGAUCCAUCCUAGUGAUUCUGUGAAACUGUGGGGAAUUAUACUGCAUUAAGUUUAAUCAUCAGUCCUCUUAUUGUUGAGAAUUAAUAAAGAACAGUUAACUAAACAGC